UUUUUAUUACUAAAUUAUUUUUAUUAUUAUUGUUAUUACUUUAGAGAUUUUGAUAAGGGCUGAAGUGUAUCAAGGCAGAAAGUUCAAAGUCAAAGUGAGUCGAUGAUUUUUUGUUUUGUUUUUUCAAAUAGUUAUACGGAGAAAAAUUAUUUGUGGAACACGCUACGAGACAUACUCUAUGGAUGCAACAUCUUGCUUUCCAUUCUCUGUAUCCCUUGUGGGUUUCGAAGAUUUCAAGAGAUUCGAAUGGCUAGGUUUGGAUAUAGUCUUUCUUUAGCGUUUCGUAACAAUCUCUUCCGUCUUUUCUUUCUCGUUUUCUACAAAGUUUGAGGUCAAACAGAUUUGAUUUGAUUUGAUUAUAUCUACUUCUUCGAUACUUGGUUUUAAAUUUUUGGAGUUUAUUUUCUAUGGAUCUCUUUCAUUUACGUUUUCCUUUACCCCAAUUUGUACUUAUUUUGGUUCAUUGUUCUGGAUUUUGAUGUGGGUGUGUGAGAAAUUUUGUUAUUUGAUUGUAAACCUAGGCUUUUGAUGGAGGGGAGAUAUAGUGGGGAUUGAAUGUUGAAGGUGUUUAUAGGGUUGUUUACUUGAAUUAUUUUUGGAAUUGCGAUGAUAUAUCCGCCGCCGACUCCGAGAACAAUAAAACCCUCCAAGGAAUUGAAUUGAAAUGGGAGAUUCACGCCUUACUUCCCUUUCAAUGGAGAAUCAUCACCCUUCCACCAUGUUGUCCAUGGAUUCCAGUGCCUCCUCCUCUCACGACGAAUUGGAUUUGGAGAUGAAUCGCCAAAUCAUGCCCUCUCACCCUCCAGAUAUCAAUCUACCUCUCUCAGUUGAGGGCAGCCCUCCUCAACAACCCUGGAAUAUCGACUCUUGCGAUAUUUUAGAUGUUGGGCUCUCUUCACAAGUCUGCGAGACUGAAACUUUGAUCAGUAUUUCCAAGAUUGGCCGGAAAUGUGCCAAGCGAUUGGAUAGCAUAUGGGGUGCUUGGUUCUUCUUUACUUCUUACUUCAAGCCUGCGCUCAAUGAGAAGUCCAAGGCCAAAACUAUACGCGACCACAAUGGAAUUUCUGGGUUCGAUAAAUCUGAUCUUAACCAUGACGUGUUUAUGGUCCAGCAUGACAUGGAAAACAUGUAUAUGUGGGUCUUUAAGGAACGACCUGAGAAUGCACUAGGUAAGAUGCAGCUGAGAAGUUACAUGAAUGGUCAUUCUCGCCAAGGGGAACGCCCCUUUCCAUUUAGUGUUGAUAAGGGUUUUGUUCGAUCUCACAGGAUGCAGCGCAAGCAUUAUAGGGGUCUAUCAAAUCCUCAGUGUGUGCACGGAAUCGAGGUUGUUCCGACCCCCAAUCUCACUGGUUUCAGUGAGGAAGAGCAGAAACGGUGGGUGGAGCUUACUGGUAGGGAUUGGAAUUUCACAAUACCUCAUGAAGCAAGUGAUUUCAGUUCAUGGAGAAACCUUCCAAACACUGACUUUGAGCUUGAAAGGCUGCCUUCCCCCAUAAAAAACACCUCAAAUUCACAUCCAAUGAAACUGCUUAACGGGUCUGGGCUGAAUUUGUCAACACAUCCAUCCAACCACAAUAGUUCUGAUGUGGUAGAUCUUUCACCUGUCAGCAGCAAAAGAAGGAAGGGCUUUUUUCCAAAUGGAAACAGUGACGAGUGCUGUUUGGCGAUUAACCCUCCAUCUAAUGGUAUCCCAGAUGCAGAAAUUCACCCAAAUGGACCAAACUGGUUGAAUGACUUUAGUGGGGUGAUGAAGGAUGUGUAUGGGCCUGUUACUGGGGCGAAAACAAUUUAUGAGGAUGAUGAAAGCUAUUUGAUUAUUAUUAGCUUGCCUUGUGUUGAUCUUCAAAGGGUAAAAGUUUCAUGGAGAAAUACGCUCACACAUGGUAUCAUCAAGGUGUCCUGUGCUAGUACAUCUCGCACGCCAUAUAUUAAGAGACAUGAUAGGGUUUUUAGGCUUACAGAUCCGUCAUCUGAGCACUGCCCACCAGGAGAGUUUGUUAGAGAAAUACCACUUUCAACCCGAAUCCUUGAGGAUGCUAACAUAGAAGCUUACUACGACGGGCCAGGAUCUGUACUCGAGAUUGUGGUGCCAAAACUUCGAUCAGAGCCUGAAGAGCACGAGAUUCGUGUUUGCUUUCGUCCUCACCUUGGAGGCAAAAAUGACCUAAUGUUUACUUGACAAAAGAAGCGAAGAGACUUGUAAGGAUCGAAGCUGUUAUGCAGAGGCUUAAUUGUUUGCUGAACUCUGUAUUAUACAAUGUAUUUUUAUAAAAUAGAAUGGUUUUCUUUUCUUCUUUUUUUUUUUUUUUUUUUUUCAUUUCACAUUUAUUUAGAGUUUUGGCUAUGGAUGUUCUUGAUAUUUAGAACAUGCGCUUGGCUCUAGUCAUUGUUGUAGAGGUCUUUGGUAGUGGCGCAUUGCCUUGCAUAUCUUUUGGGUAGUGAAUUAUGAUGAGUAUGUUCAGUAUUGUGGAAAACUUAGACAUGUGAACAAGUAAUUAAUUACAAAUUGAAAUAUUUCUGGCACUUGGUAGAGUGCAUAA